AUGGAACUGGCCUCAACAAAAGCGGACUCUUACGUGACGCAAAAUAACAAUAGAGACAGAAAGAUCACCUCCUUAAUCGUCCAGGCUGUGCUUAUGGGCGCCUCCCUUGCUGUAUAUGUGAAAAAGGGCGGAAUGAUUUCCCUAGCCCUCUCCGCAUACUUUACCAUUAACUCGUGCUUUCUUCUCAUUAUGAUACUUGUUAGUGCGCUUUUCAGCGAGAAGUCUGCAGAUAAAAAUAUCCCUCCUGUGCCAAAAGCGCCAGAGCUGGAGAAGGUAGAAAAAAAGCCGGAAGAGAAAGCAUCCACAAAAAAGCUGGACUUCAACUUCCAGCUGACGUUCAGAAAGAAGAACAAGUCGAUUGCCCCGCCAAAGCCCAUCCUGAUCAAAAAGUACGACGAUUAUGCGUCGGAUUUUCAGCUGACAAAGUCUCUGGAAAAGGAGUUCAAGCAGUGGGCUCUUAGAAACGUGCUGGGCCCUAUUUUGUCAGAGCAGGCGCCGCCAGCGAGCAGAGACAAGUCCUCCAAGGUUUUUACCCGAAUGGAAAUAAGCGACCUCCGAAUGAUGAGCAGCAACGGAUUUGUGUGCUACGAUAAGAACAAUGAGCUGCAAGGGCGCGCGCUUUUUAAAAUGUUUUAUAACUACUUCAACGAAAAAAUACCUGGAAACAGCUCGUACUACACAAACCCCAUGGACGAGUUUGUUUUUGAUGAUAUUAGCAAAAUUAAGAUAAGCAGGUUCGGGCUGCUGGUUGAAGACACAGAAUCGCUAAUUGAGGGAAAGAAAACAUUCAAUGUGUACUUUAUGGAUAAAAACAUCCUAUACGACACGCACGGAGACGUGAUACUUUCUUUUUUGCUUUUGCUUAUAUUCGCAAACAAGCACGAAGGGAGGUGCCUUGGCGCACUUUCGCUGCGCAACCUGCCCUUCCUUGCAAAAUAA